AACCCUUGUGCAAAUUUAACACUCUUUCUUCUAUAUUCCUAUCAUCAUCUUUUCCAAAUGAAAAUAGAAUAUUGCCUUUGUUAUUUUUAAUGCCCAGACCCCAGCACAGAGCCCGAUGCACAGCACCUCCUCAGUAGUGUUUGCUGAGUGAAAAUAGGGAUCCCUGUGGAGAGUCAUAAAAUUUUUGAACCUUACAUUUGAAGUAUCACUAUCCUCCUCGAUUUGAAUCAAACUGCCCUCCUGUACCUGAGUGCCGUUUCCAUUGUGGGGAAUCAUUGAUGGUAAAGAUCAAAGAUGAUCACAGCGCAGCCUGGGAACUCAUCACCAGAAGAGGAAGGCAGGAGCAUCCAUUGGGUGGAGAUGAAAAUGCUCUUGGUUUUGUUGCUCUGGGUGCCUUAGGAGCCUCCUUUCUCCUCCUCCACAAGAUGCUGACUUUUAAAGCUACAGCUCAGCUCUUCAUCUUGGGAUGCACGUGGUGUCUGGGAAUCCUGCAGGUUCGUCCAGCUGCCCACGUCAUGGCCCACCUCUUCACCAUCAUCAACAGCCUGCAGGGCGUCUUCAUCUUCCUGGUGUACUGCCUCCUCAGCCAGCAGGUUCGGAAACAAUAUGGGAAAUGGUUCAAAAGGGUCAGGAAACCCACAGCUGAUUCUGAGACUUUCACGCUUUCCAUCAGGGCCGUGCCUGAUGCCUCCUAACCCUUCAUGGUAUGAUCAUGCGUUGCUCCCAGAAUAUUUCACCAACUGAUCUGCUCGAGCAGCACGUGCCUAUCACACUGGACAACCUGGGGACACAGCAGGUGAUGCUGUAGGCUGGCUCUGGCUCACCUUUGGCUCACUCCUGGACUCGUUAACCAUUAGCCAUGGUCUCAUGUCAAAAGUUUAUUUAAAAAACAUAUUUUGCUCUUACUGCUUAGGGAACGGUGUUCGCUUGACUUUUUACAUUUUUUUGUUUUAAUUAAAUUCAUAAUAGUUUA